AUGGAAAGAAGUGAACCCACAUUAGUACCAGAAUGGCUGAAAAACAGUGGCAGUCUGGCGGUUGGUGGCACUGCUUCACAUUCAGAUGAUCAUUCUGCUCCAAAACUAGCAAGAAAUAAGUCAUUUGUGGCGAGCAAUGGUCAUGAUUUAGGGCGACCAUCUGGUACGGACGGAACUACAUCAUCUUUCCGUCGGAGUUCCAGUAGCAACGGUUCUGGUCACUUGAGGUCCUAUAGUAGUUUCGCUAGGAAUCACCGCGAUAGGGAAUGGGAGGACACGUAUGGUUCUCGUGAUAAAGAAAAGUCAGUUUUGGGGGACCGUAAACACCAGUACAUUUCAGAUCCAUUGGGGGGCAACAUUUUGUCUAGUAAAUUUGAGCAGUACAGUUUGAGGCACUCACGGUCGAUUUCCGGGAAACUUGGGGAGUCACGGCCAAAGAAAGUUGUGCCUGAUUUGAGCAAUAACUGUGGAAACAACAGCAAUGAUCUGCUUACUAAGGGCAGUCCUAUUAGCAGUGUCAACAAAGCCUCUUUUGAGAGAGAUUUUCCAUCCUUGGGAGCAGAAGGACGACCAGCCACUCCAGAGGUUGGAAGGAUUCCAUCUCCUGGCUUGAGUACUACUAUCCAGAACUUGCCCAUUGGUACCUCAGCCAUGAUAGGUGGCGAAAAAUGGACGUCGGCUUUGGCGGAAGUACCCAUUUUAACUGGAAGACUAGCUACCCCUUCAAGUUCUGCCCCUAUGACUUCGGGCUCGACCACUGGUCUUAAUAUGGCUGCAACUGUGGCUCAGGGUCCUGCUCGUGCUCAGGCUAUGCCUCAGUUGUCUGCUGGAACUCAGAGACUUGAAGAACUGGCAAUAAAACAAUCUAGGCAAUUGAUUCCGGUAACGCCAUCCGUACUGAAACCCUUGGUCUUGACUUCUUCAGAUAAACAGAAAACUAAGGGGGGUCAGCUGCAGCGUCCGAUUUCGCCUUCACUUUCUGCUAGUCACUCUCCUCGUGAUGGGCUUGUGAAGUCUGAUGUUUCAAAGACAAGUAAUGUGGGAAAGCUCCAUGUUCUUAAGCCAGUGCGAGAGAGGCAUGCUGUCUCUUCUACUGUGAAGGAUAACCUGAGCCCAACAAGCGGUAGCAAAUUAGUAAAUUCCUCCCUUUUGAUGGCUUCAUCAGCUCCUGCAGCUGCUCCCGUUAUGGGCCCAACAAACAACUCAUUCAUUCCUAGUGCGCACAUGCCUGUAUUGACUGUGCCGGAGAAGCGAACUACUCAAGCUCAAAGUCGAAAUGAUUUUUUCAACCUUAUGAGGAAGAAAUCCAUGGCAAAUUCCUCUUCCAUUCCUGUUCAAUCUAUGGCAAACUCCCUGUCUGUUUCAGAUCUUGGUACUUCUCUGUCACCACCUGCUACAGAUAAUGUUGGUGAAUUAGAGGUCACUGCUACAAGUACUUUUAAUGCUGGUGAUACUCCAUCCUGUGUAAGCCUGAGUGAGGGCCAUUUGUCUGACAAGAAUGGUGACCUCACUUGCAAUGGCGAUGCUUGUGAAGGGCAGAAAUAUGUCAGUAACGGAAAGAAACAUCAAGGUUCUGAUCCUAUAAUUUCCGAGGAGGAGGCUGCUUUUUUGCGCUCCAUGGGCUGGGAGGAAAAUGCUGAUGAGGGUGGUCUUACUGAAGAAGAAAUCAGUACUUUCUUCAAGGAUGUAACGAAGCACAUUAAUUCGAAGCCAUCACUGAAAAUACUGCUACAAGUACAGCCCAAGUUUUUAUUGCCCUUAGAAUCACAAAUUGGGAGCAUCGGUGGCAUUUCUUCUGGAUUGAGAUCAUCUGAAACUAAGCUUGAAUCUUGA